UACUAAGAUUUUUUAAACUUUUCAGAACGUUUGCCACUAAAAACCUAAACUAGUGGCAAAACUACUGUAGUAUUAUCAGCUAUCUUAAACGUUUAACUUCUCACAAAGCGCAAGUUAAGCCGUGUGCUGCCCAAUUUAGGCCUACACUGAACGAUAAUAUAAUAUUAGCCAGAUAUAGGCCUACUAAGCUUCAUUUCAUCUUACACAAAACAAAGCACGAUCAUCAACGUGAGCUACAUUAUAAUUCCAUGGACGCCCAAUGUAGGCUAUGAUGUCCACCCAGCUGCUUUCCGGGGACCACACAGACUGUCCACCAUGAAGACCCUCGCAGCCACAUUGGUGCUAGUGGUGCUGGCUACUGCAUUAGCACGACAAGACCAGCAGAGUGAUGCGAAGCCCAGAUUUAUCCGAUACCAGUCAUGGAACAGCAAGAUGUACCCCGUGUGGAAGCAUGGAGACUCACGCUACAAAAGCAGCUGGACGGGAGGGCAAUUAAAGUUUGAUGUUGGCAACGAUGCCCCCACCUUGACGGGAGCCAGGAUAACCUUCACCAUCGAUAUCCAAUUCCCUUCCAACCAGAAGGUCUUGGAGAAUGGAGAAGUCGUCUGGGCUAAGAACACCACUGUGGACGGAAAGGAGUGCCAUGAGGGCCAGUCUGUGUACUCUGAGCAGCGGUCAUCUGAAGAGGAGUGGAAUGCCGUGUUCCCCGAUGGGGUUCCCCUUGGGAAGGACGGGGACAAGAAGCCCCCCUAUGUGUUUGUGUGGAAAGCCUGGGGUCAGUACUGGCAGGUGUGUGAUGGGCCCACCUCCUCCUUGACCAUCCCUACUGACGGUGUUCCUCUGGGCUCCUACCUCAUGGAUGUGGUCAUCUACCACUACCGCAAGAGGGACAAGUUCAUCCCCAUCGGAUACGCCUCCACACAGUUCUCCAUCACUGACCAGAUUCCAUUCGAGGUGAGCCUGUCCCAGGUGAAUGACAUUGAGGAGGAUGACCAGCGCUUCGUCCAGAACCGUGCGGUGGCCUUCAGUGUUACCCUACACGACCCCAGCCAGUACCUGGCCACCUCUGACAUCACCUACAACUGGGAGUUUGGUGACGGCAGCGGCACCGUCAUCUCUAGAGAGAACAGCGUCACCCACACCUACAUGCGGUCGGGAGGCUACCACCCCAAGGUGGUGGUGCAGGCUGCCAUCCCAGACCCCUCCUGUUCCACGCCACCCAACGCCCCCACACCUCCACAGAGCCCCACAUCCAACGCCCCCGCCCUGCCACCCAAGAACCUCACCACAGCAGAACCAGAGGAGGUUGCCAGUGCGCCACUCCACACGAGUGCCCCAGCAGACGCCUCUGGCGGUGGGGACGAGAGUGAGGAUGAGCCCCCUACUGUACCCGCAGGCUCCAUGAACAACCGUGCAUCCUCCAUCAACCCCAACAUGGGCACCGUCACCACUGUCAUUCCCUUGGCCAUCAUCAGGGCUGCUGCCAAGAGGCGUAUGAGUCCAGCUGAAGAUGAGGAGACUGGAUUGAACUCUUACAAAGAUUCAGCUACUACUGCCGCACCGGCUGAGCAGCCCAGUGAGGAUGAGGAGAGGGAGCCUGAGCAGAGGACUGUGGUCGUCACCAAGCGGUUCGCUCCUCGUGGAGACUGCCUCAUCUACCGCUACGGAUCCUUCUCCACCGGAAUACAAAUCGUUGAGGGAAUCGAGAGUGUGGAGAUUGUACAGGUUUCCAGUGUUUUACCAAGGAGCGACCUGGAGCCAAAUGCUAUAGACUUCACCAUCACCUGCAGAGGAAGCCGCCUACCCACUGAGGUGUGCACCGUGUUGUCAGAUGCCAACUGUCUCGUGCCAAUCAAGACAAUGUGCAACCCCAUGCCCGCCACUCCAGACUGUCAGCUGGUGCUAAGGCACUUCUUCAACGACUCUGGCAUCUUCUGUGUCAAUGUGUCCAUGACAAACGAUGUCAGCCUUGCCGCCACCAGCACCAGAGUCAGUGUAAACAUGGGCUCCAAGUUGUCGUCCUCGGGAACAGUUGCUGUGGUGCUAUGUGCCCUGAUAGUAGCAGCAGCCGUUGGGACAGUGGCGUUAACCUACCAACACAUGCGGGGCUACAGGCCUUUGACAGAGCUGCCAGGCCAGGAGCACCAGGCCAAGGAUGAACUCAGCGCCGUCCCCUCCCUCAUGUGGAGCCUGCUGGGUGGCUAUUCGCCCAGAGAUAACCGCACCCUCCUCCGAAGAGUGGUAUAAUCCUGUCACCUCCUUCUGCCCCCCCAUCUCCGGUGCAAGAGUGGAAUGGUCCAUGGCCUCUCUUGUACAGUAUAAGAUCUGCUUCUAGGGCCUAUAGUCAUAGUGUACUGCAGGCCUUGAAGGAGACGUUUUGAAUUUUUUGUUCAUUGUUUCUAAGAUGAUGUCUAAAUACUUUUUAUUUUGUUGUCUUCAGUUUUUGCUAUAUUUGGCUUUUGUACUGGUUUUUAACACACAUUUUUUCUACAUACCGUUUUACUGGCUAAGGAUUGUUAUUUUUUAACAUUUUUUAUAUUUUUUACAUACAUUAGAUCAUACAGAAAACAUAAUUUAAAUCCCCAUCCCACAUCAUGUUUUGACUGGUGCCUUGAUUUCUGGUAUUUUGUAACUUGUUGUA